AUGGAUUCUAAUGGAAACAAUUCAUCCACUGAGAAGAAGACCUUGACAAAACAACAAGCAUAUUCACUUCUCUCAUCCCUUUCGUUUUGUGCUGAAAAAAGUCAGGAAGUAUUGUCAAAGGUGCAAUCUUCUCAUGCAUCACUGUUGGCAUUGGCUUUGGGUACUACUAUCUGUCCUUCUAAGGUUGUUCCUUUGUCGAAUCAAAGCUGUGUGAUUCAAUCGGUUGUUUUAGAAGUGUUGGAUUCUUUAAGGAAAGCCAAGGGUGUGAUCAAUGACAUAAUGGGGUCUAAUGCUACAUCAAGAUCGGGCCAAUCUGCUUUGCUUUCACUUAUCAAUCAACCAAGCCAAGUUCCACCCCCUCUAAGUAUUAACCAAGUUGCACUUCCUUACCCCAAUAUUGUUCCUCAGCAAAAUCAAGCUAGGCUUCCUUCUUUUAGUUUAAAUAGUUCUCCAAUGACUAAUGCACUUGGAAUUCCUUUUCUCAAUUAUCUUCAUCGACCAUACCAAGCUGCUUUGCUUCCCCCAAGUGUUCAUUCGCAGAAAAAGGCUGCAAUCACCCAUCCUUUUAGUAUUCCUCAACAAAACCAAGCUACACUUCUUCCUUCUUGUAGUAAAAUUGAUCCAUAUCGUAUAGAUUUUCCUUCUAGCGCACAAACUAUGGAAUAUAUACUGAAUCUCACCAAGCUAGGAACAAAUGUUGCUAGCACAUCAUCGGCAGUGCCAACAAAAAAGAGAGCCUUGGAAGCGUUAUAUGGUUCCAACAAUAAGCUUCCAGAAAGACUUGAGCAUUUGGAGCCUAAGUUGAUCAAACGAAUUGUGUCUGAGAUUAUAGAUCAAGACACCAUUGUCAAGUGGGAUGAUAUUGCAGGGCUUGAGCAUGCUAAAAAUUGUGUGCAUGAAACUGUCUUGUGGCCUAUACUAAAUCCGAAAAUAUUUCAAGGUGUCCGUUCAGUAAGAAAAGGAGUUCUCCUCUUUGGUCCACCAGGAACAGGUAAAACAAUGAUUGGAAAAGCCAUAGCGGGAGAAAUGAAAGCAACGUUUUUCAACAUAUCUACUGUUUCAUUGGCAAGCAAGUGGCUUGGUGAUGGUGAAAAGCUUGUUAGAGCACUCUUUGAGGUUGCUCGUCAUUUACAACCUUCUGUUAUUUUCCUUGAUGAGAUAGAUCUCCUCUUUAAGCGAUCAUCAAUCACUGAGCAUGAAUCCAUCAGGCGACUUAAAACACAAUUGUUGGUCGAAAUGGAAGGCAUUGAUUCUGGAACUGAGCAAAUCAUAGUCAUUGGAGCAACAAAUAAGCCUCAAGAUCUUGAUGAAGCAGCGCGUAGGCGACUUAGCAAGAGACUCUACAUUCCCUUGCCUACUGCUGAAGCUAGAUCACACAUUGUUCUUAACACAAUGGGUAAGGAUGGUGGAAACAUACUUGAAAAAAAAGACCUUGAUCUCAUAUGCAACGUAACUGAUGGAUAUUCAGGAUCAGAUAUGAAAAACUUAGUCAAUGAAGCUAUGAUGGGUCCAAUAAGGGAAGCCAUUAAGGAAGCUAACAAUGGAAAAGGUAUUUGUGAAUUGAAGCCAGAGGAUUUGAGGCCGGUUUCUCUCAAGGAUUUCAAAAAUGCUUUGAAAGAAGUGAGGCCUUCUGUUUCCAAGCAAGAACUUGUUGCAUAUGUUGAAUGGAAUGCAAAAUUUGGGAGCAUGUUGGUUUAG